GAGCCGCUACUGAAGUGUUGUCACGUAGUAGAAAAAUCAUCACCGCAACUCGAUACCAUGACUCAUACACAUACCACACUCUUACAAGUUAUGUACAAGUAUAUAAAAGAUAUUAAAAUCUCUCCACAAAAGAUUAAAUAAGAAAAAAAAAAUUCAUAAAUAAAAUAUUAACAAUAAUAAUAAAUAAAUCAACAACAAUUAAGUGAAAUUAAAUUUUUUUUCUUUUUUAAUUUUUAAUUUAUAAAUCAUAUUGUUUAUAAUUAUUAUUAACAAAAGUGACAGUUUAAGUAUAAUACUAAUGUGAAAGCGUUGAUGAGAAAAAAAAAAAAAAAUGUAAAAAAAAUUUUGUAAUACUCGAAUUUAUUUAAUAAAAAAAAAAAAAUUGGUAUUAUUAUUAUUGUGAAUUAAUUGAGGUGUAUUUUAACAGUGAUUAUAAAUAUUUAUUAAAUUUAUUUGAUGAAUAUUUUUAUGUGAUAAAUGCGUUUAAUUGAUUAAAAAAGUUAUUAAAAGUUGAAUAACCCUUUCAGGAAGUGUAAAAGACUGGAUGUGACUGUUGAACAAAAAGAUAAACGUAAACGUUCAACAACAAUUGUAAAUAAUAGUGAAAUUAAAGAAGAAGAUAUAUCAAAAAUAAAAGAAGAAAGAAUUAAAAUUAAAAAAAUGGAUUAUCCAUUAACAAAUUUUGAUGUACGUGUACCAAAAGAAACACAAAUUAUUGAUGAUUAUGAAAUUAGUAAUCAUGUACUUGGUCUUGGUAUAAAUGGUAAAGUUGUACAGUGUUUCGACAGAAAAACCAGAGAGAAAUAUGCAUUAAAGGUUUUACAUGAUUGUGUUAAAGCAAGAAGAGAAGUAGAAUUGCACUGGAGAGCAUCAAAUUGUAAACAUAUUGUACAAGUUAAAGAUGUUUAUGAAAAUACAUACAGUGGAAAUAAAUGUUUACUUGUUGUUAUGGAAUGUAUGGAAGGUGGUGAAUUAUUUCAACGUAUACAAGAUCGUCAAGAUAGUGCAUUUACUGAGCGUGAAGCUGCUGAAAUAAUGUAUGAAAUUUGUGUUGCUGUAAAACAUCUUCAUGACAUGAAUAUUGCACACAGAGAUCUUAAGCCAGAAAAUUUAUUAUACUCUCGACAAGAUCAUUUGGGUAUUUUAAAGCUGACUGAUUUUGGAUUUGCCAAAGAGACACAUUUAAAGGAUACAUUGCAGACACCUUGUUAUACUCCUUACUAUGUUGCACCAGAAGUAUUGGGUCCAGAAAAAUAUGACAAAAGUUGUGAUAUAUGGUCACUUGGUGUAAUAAUGUAUAUAUUACUUUGUGGAUUUCCUCCAUUUUAUAGUAAUCAUGGUCUUGCAAUAUCACCAGGAAUGAAAAAACGUAUACGUCUUGGACAAUAUGAUUUUCCAUCACCAGAAUGGACAAGUGUUAGUACUGAAGCACGUGAUUUAAUAAAAAGUAUGCUUUGUACUGAUCCAGCAAUACGUUUAACAAUUCAUGAUGUUAUGAAAAAUAAAUGGAUAUCAAAACAUACUGAAGUACCACCAACACCAUUACACACUGGACGUGUACUUCGUGAAGGUGAAGAAUUAUGGCCAGAAGUACAAGAAGAAAUGACACGUUCAUUAGCAACAAUGAGAGUUGAUUAUGAUACAGCUAAACUCAAACAACUUGAUCAUACUAAUAAUCCACUUUUAAAUAAACGUAGACGUGCUAGAGAACUUGGCACUGCUGUUUCAUUUACUACAUAAUUAUCUAGUUAAAUAUUUUAUUUUUUUUUUGCAGCUUAUGUCAUUAUU